AUGGCGGAGACCACGAAUACACCAAGUACUGCUUCACAGCCUGCAGACAUCAACAAGAUACAAGCACUUCUCAAGGCAAAAGAUGAUACUCAACGAUUCGUGGGACUGGCCCUUCUGAAAUCACUCCUCGACAGCUCAGAACAGCUACGGCAAGAUGAGCAAACAGUCCAGAGUCUAUGGUCCAGUCUCUCACCAAAGUUCCUCGACCGACUGCUCCGAACCGGCUCAAAGCCUUCAUCUAAAAACUCCAAGGAGAUGCUGGAUCUGGCCGUGUCUAUUCUGCAUAUAUUUUCCAUUCUGCUCCCUGAGAAGGCACGGAGUGAUACCAAAUUCAUCAACAGAAUCCCUCUACUCGUCAGCUCAGUCCUUUACAGUUCUGAGGAUACCACAAAACUAAUACUUCAGCUGCUUCAUACCUUAGUCAGUUCUCAACCAGGAGCUCAAGAAUUUGUCAAGGUGGAAGACUUUAGCUCUCUCACUGAGAUCGCACCUAGCCAUACACAAGUUCUAGAUAUCCUGUGUUUCGCAUGGCUCAACUCCAUGACAGACGUUGAGGACCCUACUGUACUGUCAAAGCAGGUUGAAGACACGAUUAAAAACCUGGUCUCAUCCUUUACUGGAACUGAUGCUGUGACUCUCCUCGAGUUUCUUGGCUACUUUCUCCGGCAUGCCAACUCUAUCAUUCUUCCCCGCCAGCCCCAAUGGCUCAAGAAUGUUGUUACCUAUAUCCAAAAUCUAGUCACGAGUAGACCAACACCCGAAGCGCGCGCUGCCUAUACCAAUGCAACAGCUUCGAUACUUCAGGCUUUCCCAACUGAAGGCCCCAAACUCAUAUUUACGCACGACAAAAAGGAUGAUAAAGCCUUCUCCUACCUUCUCAUCAACCUGAUUCUCAUCGAUAUCCGCUCUUCAGCCCCCACUCUACUGGAGCAGCUGAACAAGCCUGAAUACCCUAAAGUGUCGACUCGACUCACGUCCGCAUUCGAUGUGAUGUCAAUAUUCAUCGGAUACCUCAUACAAUGUCUUGAAGACGAGUCCUUAGAGACCUUCUUCAUGACCCCUGAGAACCUUCUCAGUCUCCGUAAGGGCAUCUCUGAUACAAUGUCCCUCACAGCUGAAUACCUGCGUGAUCGUUGGGACGCUUCCGUUGCUGGAGCUAUGGGUUUACACCCAGAUGCUCGCGCCAGCACAACAGAGACGUCGACAGGAACACACCACACGUUGGCUUGGGACUCGUUGAAGGAUAAUGCCGAUGACGAUAUGUUCAUACUCUCUGCUGUGCGGGCUUUGUCUCUCUGGCUUCGAGAAGAGGAUAAUGACAUUCUCCGAAAAGAGGCGACAGGUCUGAUGGAUAUGUUUAUGGAUCUCUACAAGUCCAGCUCACAGGACAAGCUUGACUUUCGAUCUCCGGUACUCGUUGCCCUCGAGGGUCUGACUGCAUUACCUAAAGGCCGUGAGCUAUUUCUCGUCAACGAAGGUUGGACAGUCCUCGCUCGUGAUCUCAACUCGAUUCUUCAGCAUGAAUCACGAACAUCCAGGCAACAAGACGUAUCCCGGGCCACAGAGAUCGUUCGCAUCUUGCUUCCCAUAGUCGAGCAAGAAACCAAUGGUGUCCCUGAGGCAUGGAUGGAUCUCGUCACUUCUGUAGCCGCAUGGGACGUUUCAGACUCGGAAUUGUCGCCUCAAGUACAGGAAGCAUUGAUUGCCGCUUUACAGCUCUGCUGCGCAGUGCUUGUUGAAACCAACCAAGGGAUGCGAACGAGGUAUAAGCACUCUAUCGCUGCUAUUCAUGGUAUUGCGGCUCAGCUUGACAAGCAAGUCAGGAAGGGAAAUGGCCAGAGGGAAAUGCUGGACGACGUGCUCACUACGCUGGCUUCAUUGACUCAAGAGAGAUAG